UAUUUUCUACCUUUCUUGUUAUAACAACAAUACUUAGGUUUCCAUUAAUUAUGCUGUUUACUACAUCUUAGAUUAUACUUAUGAUGACUCCACUUGCAAUUCCUUUGAAAUUGACUCUAUUUCCUGCCACUCAAACAAUGUUGGUUCUUCUGAUCAGUUGGUGAUGUUUCAAUUUCAUGAAAAUGAGGAGUUGUGUAUGGAGAUUUAAGCACUGGUCCAGUUUCAGGUGCGAAGAGGUUUCAAAAACCACUUUUAAUCCGGUUUAAAAUCCAGUUAUAAAUACCGAACCCAAUCCAAACUGUAAGGUUUCCUGCUCAUCUUACUCUGCUGCCACUGCAAUGGUUACUUACACGAAGGAAGAAGCGCCAACUUGCCAAAAAUCACUGUCAUCAGAUCCCAUAAAGGAGCAUUUGCAUCAACAUGAAGAGGCUUCAAAGUAUGAUCACAGGAUUUUGGGAGUGAAACAAGAGCUUAUUAUUCAUCAUGAGUGGAGCCCGGGAAGCUGGUUUUUUCUUCCACAUGGUGCUCGGAUCUACAACAAACUCAUGGACUUCAUUCGAAAUCAAUAUAGGGAUAGGGGCUAUCAAGAAGUUAUGUCCCCAAAUGUAUUCAACAUGGAUUUGUGGAUGCAAUCUAGUCAUGCAAAACAUCAUAAAGAGGAUAUGUUUGUCUUAGAGAUUGACAAACAGGAGUUUGGUUUGAAACCAAUGAAUUGCCCAGGGCACUGCUUGAUGUUUAAGCACAGGGUUCGAUCGUACAGAGAACUUCCUCUUCGCUUCGCUGAUUUUGGCGUUUUGCAUCGGAAUGAGGCCAUUGCUUCCCUGCAUGGAUUAACACAUACUAGGAGAUUUCAGCAGGACGAUGCACAUAUUUUCUGUAGGGAGUCCCAAAUAAAAGAUGAAGUCAUAAAAGCCUUGAACUUCAUGGAUUAUGUCUAUCAAAUAUUUGGUUUCACAUAUGAAGUGAAACUUUCAACAAGGCCAGAGAAAAUCUUUAAAGAUCUUGAAAUGUGGGAGAAGGCUGAAAAUGAGCUCAGGGAAGCUUUGGAUGAGUUUGGCAAGCCAUGGCAGUUGAAUGAAGGGGACGGUGCAUUCUAUGGACCGAAGAUAGACAUCAGUGUAUCUGAUGCAUUGAGUAGGAAAUUCCAAUGUGGAACUCUACAGCUUGACUUCCAGCUUCCUGAUAGUUUUAAGUUGGAAUUCUCAACUGAGGAUGAAGCCAAAAUUGAGAGACCUGUUAUGAUACACAGAUCCAUUCUAGGAUCUGUUGAAAGCAUGUUUGCCAUACUUUUAGAGCACUACAAGGGUAAAUGGCCCUUCUGGCUCAGUCCUCGUCAAGCAAUUUUGUGCCCUGUGUCCGAGAAAUCACAAGCUUAUGCUCUGCAGGUACGUGAUCAAAUCCAUGAAGAAGGGUACCAUGUAGAUGCUGAUACAACUGAUAUGGAGAUUCAGAAGAAGGUAGAAGAAGCUCGGUUAGCACAGUACAAUUACAUCUUGGUUGUUGGAGAAGACGAAGCUAAUACUGGACAGGUGAGUGUACAAGUCAGGGAUAAUGAAGAUCAUAGUAUUAUUAUGAGUAUUGAGAACCUGCUCAAACACUUCAAAGAUGAAGUUGCAGCUUUCCACUAAUUAUAUCUGUUUAUUUACCCAUCAAUAACUUUAUGUCAUGGAACUGAUAUUUGUUAAGGAGUAAAAAAAGAAAAUAGUUUCUUUUUUGGUAAAAAAAUACUACUUUUUUAAUUUUCAA